AUGCCGAACUUGAAGAAGAAAAUGACGGGCUUGGAGCAGGAGAUCCUGUCUCUGAAGGCGAAGUUGGCUGAACAGAAGCAUAUUCAUCAGGAACCGGAAAAUGAACAGCAGAGAAUCCGAGGUGACCAGUAUCCGCGUCAACAGGAACACCGACAGGAGAUGCAGGACCGCCGAAGUACCGCAAGUGACGCCAACAAGAUGGAAACAAUCGGAUACGACCAGUACGCACUCGCGCGAUCGCACUCACCAUCAAGAUCAACUCACGAUGACCCGCGCGACUACCGCGAUGGAGAGGGGUUCAGCUAUGGGAAUCGCGGACCACACGAUCACCCACCUCAUCCUCCAGCCUAUUACCCACCUCCUCCACCAACCCAUUACGGACCUCCUCCUGCUCCGACCUAUUACCCACCUCCUCCACCAACCCAUUACCCUCCUCCACUACCACCCCAUUACCCGCCUCCACCACCACCGCAUUACCCUCGCCAGGAAUUUGGCUAUGGGUAUGGAUCACCACACAAUCACCCACCAAAUCAACCGCCGCCUCGACCGGCCCCUCAACCGACCCAUCACUCGUACUAUCGACCGCCGCAUCAACCUGACUCGCGUUCGUACCCCGCAUAUCGCCACCAUCAACCAGGCAACCAACAUCCACCAGCUGAACACGCUCUUCGACGUCCAGAACAGCGUGAGAUGUUUAGUCCAGGAGCGCGUCAGCGCAUCGCGGAACGAGCAGGACAAUCCACGAAACGCGAGGAACUGAAGCGGAAACAUGCCCGACCAAAUCAGGGGCAGGAGCCUUCGGAAUCUGCACCAACACAAUCCACGAAACGCGAGCAACUGAAGCGGAAACAUGCCCGACCACACCAGGAACAGGAGCCUUCGGAAUCUGCACCGACAGAACUCACGAAACGCGAGGAACUGAAGCGUAAACAUGCCCGACCACACCAGGAACAGGAGCUUUGGCAAUCUGCACCGACAGAACUCACGAAACGCGAGGAACUGAAGCGUAAACAUGCCCGACCACAAUAG